AUGGCCACCGAUCCCUCUCUCCAAGACCCCCUUCUUUCGCUGCGUCGCGCCAUUGCGGCCGGGACCCUUCCCACGCCGACCACCUCGAGCGACCUCUCGGAUCAGAAUGCCACCGACGACCUCGCGAAAGCGACCCAUCUCUAUUUCCAAAACCCCCUCCCUCAGACCAUCUCCCUCAGCACACCUACCCGCUUCGUCUCCAGCUCCUCCGACUCCGCUGUCGACCUCCGCAGCAUCUUCUUCGCGUGGCAGAAGAAAGAUGUUGCGAUUCCCGAGUACAUCGCCUCCGCACAAGAACUCAACGAGUCGCUAAAGCAAAAGGAGCGCAAGGAGGGCGAGGAGGAAGAGAAAGUGCAGAACCUGGUUUUCGUCGAGCGUCUGGAUCUCCUCACCUGGUUGGAGGGCGCGUCCGAUGAGAGUGAGUACAUCAAGCCGUUGGAGGGUGCGGCGGCUGCUGCAGCGGCGGCUUCUGCAGCUGCUCAAGCACAGGCUUCGGCGAGCAUUGCUUCAGGCGCUGCAGGGGGUGUGUCUGCAGUGCCUAGUGGUGCACCGGGGGGGGCUGCGCAGACCCAGCAGGGCAAGGCGGCCAAGGUCAUUGAUCCCCGGCUGCAGGAGAUUUACAAUGGAGAGCGGAAGAUGGGAGAUCGGAAUAGCGUUCUACGGGGUAUCAAACCAACGGACUUUUCUCAUGUCCGCAAGACUGCCGAAUCCAUCCUGGGACGCAACCGCUCACGGCCAGGCCAAUACCCUGCAGGUGUGAAGGCCGGCAGCAAGCCGCCGUCGUCGAUGGUGGUGCCCUCGCCGUCUGCUGGCCUCUCGCAGCCACGCAAGGGAAGCUCGAAGACGCAAGAUCCCAUCAUUCUCCUCUCGCCGUCGGCCUCGUCCCUCAUCCGCAUGUCCAACGUGCGCUCCUUCCUGCAAGACGGCGUGUUUAUUCCUCCCGAUCACAUCAGUCUCUCCAUGUCCAACUCCAAUAUCCUCUACAUCUCCCGCCCGCUACGCAUGAAUGCCGAUCCGUCCAGCUCCUCUCUGCGGCCGGGCGGUAGCUCCUCGCAAUCGACAUCCCGGAAACCCACCCGCUUCAUCCUGGUCGAUAGCACGGCCAACUUCCGUCCGGAUUACUGGCAGCGCCUGGUUGCCGUAUUCACAACGGGCCAGACCUGGCAGUUCAAGUCAUACAAGUGGUCAUCCCCGCCGGAGCUCUUCAAACACGCCACAGGCAUCCAUGUCGGGUGGCGUGGGGAUGAUGUUCCGCGGGAGGUGCGUAGCUGGGGUCGUGGCGUCCAGAGCUUCGGGGUCGAGCGCUGGGAUGAGAAGGGGGGUGCCCAUGGCGCGGGUCGGUGGCGUGAUCGGGAAGUCGUCGAGGGGAUCUGGACGGCCAUUGAAGAGGGGAUGAGACUGCGAGGCUGGGGGUCCAAGUAG